UAGAGAGCUUCGAAUGGGUUUUCUCUGAAUUCAUAAGAAUGAUGGGUGGUGAAGCACCAAAGACAAUUCUGACAAGUGAAUAUCAGUUUUAAUUUCUGUGUCUCCCUUGAAGAUCAUCUACAGUCAUCUCAAUAAAUUAGUUAUUUGUAUUGUUUCAGAUCAGAAUCAAGCGAUGGAGGUGGCCAUAAAGAAUGUGAUGCCAAACACAGCCCACCAAUGGUGCAAAUGGCACAUCAUGAAGAAAGCAGAAGAGUGCCUUGGACCCCUAUACAGAAAACGGAAUAGGUUCCGAGCAGAGUUCCAUAAGGUCUUCAGCAACGUAGUGACAAUAGAUGAGUUUGAGACAGCAUGGGCGGUGUUGAUCGACAAGUACAACUUAAGGUCACAUCCAUACAUGGCACAACUUUACGAAACCAGGAAGAAAUGGGCAAAGCCAUAUUUCAAGGGGGUGUUUUGUGCCAAGAUGACGAGUACUCAAAGGAGCGAGACUGCCAACAGUAUGCUGAAGAAAUAUGUACCACCUGCAUGUCUGAUGCAUAUGUUCGUGAAGCAAUACAUGCGCUUGCAGUUUGACCGGGACGCAGAUGAAGCCUAUGAAGAGAAACGGACCCUGAUUGGUGGCGUCAUGCUGAGGCGUAACUUACCUAUGGAGCGACAUGCUAGCAAGAUAUAUACUCAUGCGAUGUUCAAACAGUUUGGCCAAAUCCUUUAUCAAGAAGGAUCUUACCGUCUGGAGGUGAUCGAGAAGAACAAGGUGUACAGGACAACGCUCAUUGAAGCAGAGGGAGGGGGAAAAUGUAUCAGGGUAGCCUAUGAGGUUAAGAUGAUAGAUAAUGGAGCUGAAUUUGACUGCGAAUGUGGUCAAUUUGAGCACAUGGGUUUGCUAUGCUGCCAUGUGCUGAGGGUGAUGGAUUAUUUAGACAUCCUGGAGAUACCCAAGAAGCACAUUGUGAAGAGGUGGACAAGAAACGAGCGAGAUGUCCUGCCUAUGGAAGCAAGCCAAGAAGCUGCUAGUGCAGAGGCCUAUGAUGGGUCGAUGGGGUUAUUCAAGGAAAAUGUGCCACCAUACGGAGAAGCAAGAGAUUGCCUAGGGCUUAAGGAUCGGCUAAGGCUAAUGACAAAUGAAAGACUAGGCGAUUGCUCUGUGCACAACAAUGAUAGUGUCGAUAACACAAGACCAGCUAAUCGGAUUAGCUGCUCCUUGUAAGAAACCUAAACCCGGAAGGCCAACAGCAUGAGAGGAAUCACCGUAGGAGGAGCUGAGCAAAGGAACUUCCCUUAGAGGCAUGACUUGCCAAAGCAGGGAACACUUGCUCUGAGCCCUCCCGUCCAUAAAAUUAGUGGUGGUUUGUAGCUUGAGUAUAUGUCGGUUAGAGUUGACUUUAGAAUCUCUUUUGUGAAACGGUUGCUGGAGUUAACAGGUGAUAAUUGAAUCAGUGCAGGUGCUGAUUUAUUGACAUUUA